AUGCCGGCCUCGGCCACGCUUCCCCGCCCGGGCCCGGGGCCGCCGCCGGCCUCGCCCUUUCCGCCGCUGGUGCUGCUGCUGGGGAUGCUCGGCGGCCCGGCGUCCGGCCUCGUCCCCCGCUCUGUGCCCAGGACUUCGCUCCCCAUCUCCGAGGCCGACUCCUGCCUCACUCGGUUUGCUGCCCCUCAGACACAGAAUUACUCUGUCCUCCUGGUGGAUCCUGCCUCGCACAUGCUGUAUGUUGGCGCCCGGGAUACCAUCUUCGCUUUGCCUCUGCCCUUCUCUGGGGAGAGACCCCGCAGGAUUGACUGGAUGGUGCCUGAAGCACACAGACAGAACUGCAAGAAGAAAGGCAAGAAGGAGGACGAAUGUCACAAUUUUGUCCAGAUUCUCGCCAUUGCCAAUGCCUCUCACCUCCUCACUUGUGGCACCUUCGCUUUUGACCCGAAGUGCGGGGUUAUUGACAUGUCCAGUUUCCGGCAGGUUGAAAGGCUGGAGAGUGGCCGGGGGAAGUGUCCGUUUGAGCCCGCUCAGCGGUCAGCGGCUGUGAUGGCUGGAGGCGUCCUCUACACGGCCACCGUGAAGAACUACCUGGGCACUGAGCCCAUUAUCUCCCGGGCCGUGGGCCCCGCCGAAGACUGGAUCCGGACAGAGACCUUGCCGUCCUGGCUUAGUGCCCCAGCCUUCGUCUCAGCCGUGGCCUUGAGCCCCGCCGAGUGGGGGGAUGAGGAUGGAGACGACGAAGUCUUCUUCUUCUUCACGGAGUCUGCGCGGGCGUUCGACUCAUACGAGCGCAUUCGGGUUCCACGGGUGGCCCGCGUGUGUGCGGGGGACCUCGGGGGCCGGAAGACCCUCCAGCAGAGGUGGACGACAUUUCUGAAGGCUGACCUGGUGUGUCCAGGGCCCGAGCAUGGCCGGGCCUCCAGUGUCCUGCAGGACAUGGCCAUCCUGCGACCUGAACGUGGAGCCAGGACCCCCGUGUUUUACGGCAUCUUUUCCUCCCAGUGGGAAGGAGCUGCCAUCUCCGCUGUCUGUGCUUUCCAACCCCAGGACAUUCGCACAGCGCUCAGCGGUCCCUUCAGAGAGACGAAGCAUGACUGCAGCCGGGGACUGCCUGUCCUGGACAAUGAUGUGCCCCAGCCCCGGCCUGGAGAGUGCAUCACCAACAACAUGAAGCACCGGCAGUUCGCUUCAUCCCUGUCGCUGCCUGACCGUGUGCUCACCUUCAUCCGGGACCAUCCACUGAUGGACACGCCAGUCCUUCCAGCUGACAGCCACCCGCUGCUGGUCACCACAGAGACAGUCUAUGUCAGAGUGGUGGCACACACAGUGACCAGCCUGUCGGGGAGGGACUAUAAUGUGCUCUACCUGGGGACAGAGAACGGGCACCUGCACCGGGCAGUGCAGAUCGGACGUCAGCUCAGCGUCCUGGAGGACCUGGCCCUGUUCUCAGAGCCCCAGCCCAUUGAGACCAUGAAGUUUUACCAAGCCUGGGUCCUGGUGGGCUCCCGCACCGAGGUGACCCAGGUGAACACCGCGAACUGUGGCCGUCUGCAGAGCUGCGCAGAGUGCAUCCUGGCCCAAGACCCUGCCUGUGCCUGGAGCUUCCGGCUGGGGGCCUGUGUGCCACACGCUGGGGAGCAUGGAGGGAUGGUGCAAGGCAUGGAGUCAGCCGACGUCUCCUCUCUGUGCCCCAAGGAGCCCGCAGAACACCCGGUGGUGUUUGAGAUUCCCGUGGCGACAGCUGCACACGUGGUCUUGCCGUGCACCCCCAGCUCGGCGUGGGCGUCCUGCGUGUGGCACCAGCCUGGAGGGGUGACCGCCCUCACCCCACGGCGCGAUGGGCUGGAAGUGGUGGUGACCCCCAGGGCCGUGGGUGCCUAUGCCUGUGAAUGCCAGGAGGGGGGUGCUGCGCGGGUGGUGGCCGCGUACAGCCUGGUGUGGGGGAGCCGCCGGGGCCCCUCGAACCGGGCCCGCACCGUGGGGGCCGGGCUGGCUGGCUUCUUCCUGGGGUUUCUGGCUGCCUCCCUGACUCUCCUUCUGGUCGGCCGGCGGCAGCAGCGACGGCGACAGAGGGAACUGCUGGCACGGGACAAGGUGGGCUUGGACCUGGGGGCCCCGCCAUCCGGGACCACCAGCUACAGCCAGGACCCUCCCUCCCCGUCUCCUGAGGACGAGAGGCUGCCCCUGGCCCUGGGCAAGAGGGGCAGUGGGUUUGGGGGCUUCCCUCCACCCUUCCUGCUUGAUCCUUGCCCCGGCCCAGCCCAUGUUCGGCUCACUGGAGCUCCGCUUGCCACGUGUGACGAAACGUCCAUCUAG